UUCUUCUAUUCUUGUACAGUCAUCCUAGUUUUAACAAUAAAGGGAGUUUGUCAGUCAUAACAUCUGCCAGCAUUUGUCAGUGGCUGUGUUUUAAUCAACUGGGUUAUCGUCAUUGCGAUAACAAAUAAUUAGUAUAAAAUCGGCCAUUUAAUAACACUAGCCAUCAGUUUUCAAUCGAACGUUGAACAAGAAACAUUAAAGGAUAAAGGGGUAGAGGAUAUUUUGGAUUUUCAAAAUGAAGUUGCUAGUAUUAUUUUUAACAUUGGUCGCCUGCAGUAGCGCCGUAUCCUUCUUUGAUUUGGUGAAGGAAGAAUGGAGUUCAUUCAAGUUGGCCCACAAGAAGCGCUAUGAAAGUGAAACCGAAGAAAAGUUCCGUCUCAAGAUCUUCAUGGAAAACAAACACAAAGUUGCAAAACAUAACCAACGAUAUGAAAUGGGUUUGGAAUCUUACAAACAACGUAUCAACAAAUAUGCUGAUAUGUUGCACCAUGAAUUCGUCCAGACUUUGAAUGGAUUCAACAAGACCAGAUCAAAUGCCAUUCGUCUUGGUGGUGUCGAAAAAUUGCGUGGAGCAACUUUCAUCUCUCCUGCCAACGUAGAAUUGCCAAAACAUGUUGACUGGCGUGAAAAAGGAGCAGUCACACCUGUCAAGGAUCAAGGACAUUGUGGAUCUUGCUGGAGUUUCUCAGCGACUGGUGCUUUAGAAGGCCAACACUUCCGUCAAACUGGUAAAUUGGUUUCCUUGUCUGAACAAAAUUUGGUUGAUUGCUCUACUCCUUACGGAAACAACGGUUGCAACGGUGGUUUGAUGGAUGCUGCUUUUCAAUACAUCAAGGAAAAUCAUGGAAUCGAUACUGAAAAAUCUUACCCAUAUGAAGGUAUGGAUGAUAAAUGCCGUUACAAACCCAAGAACUCUGGAGCUACUGAUGAAGGUUACGUAGACAUUGAAUCAGGAAGUGAACGUAAAUUGAUGGAAGCUAUUGCUACUGUUGGGCCUGUCUCCAUUGCCAUUGAUGCUUCUCACCAAUCCUUCCAAUUCUACUCAGAAGGUGUCUACUUCGACCCCGAAUGUGAUAGCGAACAAUUGGACCAUGGUGUUUUGGCUGUUGGUUACGGUACCGAUGAAGACGGCAACGAUUACUGGUUGGUUAAGAACUCUUGGGGCGAGAGCUGGGGAGACAAGGGAUACAUCCGUAUGGCUCGUAACAAGGAAAAUCAUUGCGGAGUUGCUACCCAAGCCAGCUACCCUCUCGUUUAAACAUAAGUUUAUUCUUAU